GUAAUAUCUCUGUUAUGAGGUUGCUAAUUGUAUCGCGGGCCUACAAACCCUCUUUGUUGCCGUGUUGUCUGUAAACAUGCCCUUACGAACGCCCCAAGAUGUAGCGCCCACCCCAAGGUCUUGUCCAAGGUGUACGGAUACUCGGUUCGAAAUUACCUGAAACCCACAAUCAUUCGUUCCCGGCCACCUUCAAGGAGCUGAUCAGGAUCCGGCCAAGCGUUCUGCGCCUGUGGCUUUCGGUGUUGGUCGAUUUUGGGGUUAGUGGCAGUGCGGCUGAGCCGCUGAGGUUCUCCAUCCGGCGGAAUGAUCAUCGUGUGGGCAGGCAGAUGGAAUAUAGCAACGGCAACAGUUCCGCUGUGGGCUCGCUCCAAGGGAAAGCGGUCGUCGAAUUACGCGAGAUGGUCUGAACGAACCCGCUGGCACGCAAGUGAGUCGCUGGGGGAGGGGCUGGUUCUUGUCCAGACUUACCUACUUUACAACAUGGCUGCAGAUUCUCUCUCAUCCGAGAGACAUGAUCAAGGCAGAAGUGCCGAGGAAAUGCGCUGUAGUUGGCCAUAUAUUGGGGGAUGUGUGGGUUCAGAGGGGUCUUCCUUGUCAUUUCUGAUGUGGUGCCUGCACACUCACCAUCUUCAUUUCGGACCGAAACCCCUCGGCUGGAGAGUUCUAAGCUUCUUGGGUCUACACGGGCGUUGGGAAUCGAAGACAAAGAAGAAAGUGCAGGGCUGCGCAGCUAAGCCGGCCGCGGAACCCUCUCGAAUAUGCCUGUCUCACCUCCUCGUCUGCCUCUGCCCCCAACCCCACAGACACACAUCUCUCAAUGAGAGCCAGCUGAUACGGCAGCUCAAGCACUUUUUCUUUUGUCCCUAGGCCGUAGCGUUAGCCGCAGUCUUCAGCCGCAGUCGCUACUGCUGUCUUGCAUUUGCAGGUACAA